AUGGACGCGGAUCUCGCCAAAUCGCUCGGCCUUUCGCUACAAAAAUGCACGCCAGUGCCGGUAGCCGGAAUUGGAUCACGCCAUUUGUCAUCUGCCUUCGUCUCCUUCGACGUAUUUUUUAGAGGCGUCGAUAACGUCGCUCGCAUUCCGAUCGAGGCACAUCUUGUCGAGAACCUUAAGGCGAAAUUGCUCAUCGGAAUGGACAUCAUGGGCCACGAAGGCUUUCGUCUGGAUUUCGACGCUAAGACAGUCAAGAUUCCAUCCUGUAUGGGGUUGGAAGUCCCAGUCUCCCUUCAUUCUAAACCACAUCACGCAGCGCAGCGUGCAGUCUUCGGCAAGUUGCUAUCAAGCCGGACGGUGACUCUACUCGAUUUUGAGACUGCAGUGGAGGUGGAGCCUAACACCCUUAUCCCCACCUUUCACGAAAUGGGAGCAAUAUUCGGACCGAACGCUAUGCUGGGGCAUGAGCAUGGAGAAUAG